AAAUCUGUAGAAUGCACAGAUCUCUGUUCAUUGUUCAAUCGUGCUCGUAGUCAUAGAGUAAAUAUAUUCUCGUACUCCAUAGAGUACAUUAUAUAUAGCAUGUCGUAGUCUAAUUUCUGGGUAGGACGUACUGUACUAGUAAAUGCCGGCUUUAUGCUGGUCUUUUUCCCAAUUAUUAUUGAUAAUGUUUUCAUUGUAUAGUAUUAGCGUGUUAUAGUGGUGUAGAUUUAAUCAAGUAUUUAGAUAGUAUUAUUUAAAAUGUUUUCUGUAAACUGAUGAGAAACUUAAUUGAAAUGUUAAUGGUGUACAAAUCAAUAUGGCUCUUAAGCUCGGAAAAUGCAGGCUUUGCCUCAAACUUGGGGAUUUCUACUCAAUCUUUGCCGUCGAUAAUAACUUGCAACUCGCCGAAAUGGUCAUGGAAUGUGCACGAGUUAAAAUACAAGAAGGGGAUGGUCUUACAGAUAAAAUAUGUGGAGAGUGCGUACAAAAAUUGAGCAGUGCGCAUAUAUUUAAACAACAAUGUGAAAGAUCGGACCAAGAACUACGACGAAAUUAUGUUCCACCGCCAGGUUUUAUUUCAUCAACACCACCGCCAAUUAACAGACAGAGCAGUGACUCUGCUUUCUCUAAUCACACGGAUACUUCUAAACUGUCUUCAGCCGGCGAAAGUAAAGUUACCCCGAUCAGUAGAAUUCGUAAAAGAAGUAGGGAUAGCAUUGAUAAUGCAUCCAGUAGCAGUAUCUCCCACGAAUACCAUCCUGUUAGUUCAAAGAGAGUUGAAGAACUACGAAAGUCUCAAAAAAUUCGAAAAGUUCAGGACAAUGAUGACUCUGAUUUCGAAGAUAACACUACCUCCUUCUUCUCCGGUGGAACAGACUCUGAUGAACCUCUUGAGUUCAAGUGCGACAUCUGUUCUAAAUCAUUUAAAGCCUAUCGUAGCAUGAUUUCUCAUAAAAAAUGUCACAGUCGUAGGCAAUACCAAUCGGCUAUGGCGGCAACCUCUACUACGCCUAUUAAACCAACUCCUGAAAAAGUAACUCACAUAGCUGAUGUCAAAGAUGAAGACAAAUCUAAGUGUGAGACCUGCGGAAAAACAUUUAAAUUAAAAAUUAUGUUAAAGAGGCACUAUGAAGUUUGCGGUAAACUUAUAGAUAAAGAACUUAAAAUAUCGUUAGAACCAAUAGACGCUCUUCCUCAUGAAAAUAACCUUAAUUGCGAAACAUGUUUAGCUCCGUUUAAAACUAUAGACAAUUUAAGAAAACACAUGAGAGUUGUACAUGCCGCAGUUCUUAAAAUGGAAGAACCUCUGUCAGUGGAGAAUAACAAAAUAUCCGUGCCAUGCUUCUAUUGUCAAAAACCAUUUGAAGAUUUCUAUACCCAUUCUGCUCAUUUUAAAGUUUGUCCAAACAGAGAUGAUACUCUUACUUUUGUCUGUACGGUAUGUAAUAAAUCACUUGUGAAAAAGGCAAGCUACUUUAACCAUUUGAAGGCUCAUUUUUACCCAUUGGCUAAUGUAAAGACAAACAAAUCCCCAAUCCCAAAAGUAUACACAUGCCGCUUUUGCAAAAAAAAAUUACCAAAUCAGGAAUCCCUGAUAAAACACCUUGCUGCGCACAUGUCUAGUGUUGAAGAACCUGAUGAUGGUGGAGAUGAAGAGUCUAGGAGUACCUUGGAGGAUUCUGCUUCUUUACACUCAGAGUAUAAUAACACUUCUAUAAUGACUGGUCCAUUCAAAUGUACAACGUGCGAUAAAGGCUUCAAGUAUAAAAAGGCUUUAGACACGCAUCAGAUAGUGAAACACUCAAAUGUAAGUGUUAAAGUUGAACCCCCAGAUAUAUCGUCAGACCUGCUGACAUUGAACGAUAAUAAUGUUAAUCAAUUCGAUUCUGAGUCCAGCAAUGGUGAGGGUGAUGACAACACAUGUGACAUCUGUGAAAAACAGUUCUCCUACAAGCGCUUACUGAUAAAUCACAAGCGAACCAAACACAACAUAAGCUCGGGAACAAAGAGAGCAAAGGUCAGCUUAAAGCAAUGUCUCGUGCGCUGUUUAAUAUGUGACAUUGAGAUGAAAGUUGAAGCUAUAAACGACCAUAACGUGAAGCACAUAUCCACGAACAUAAAACCUCGCAAUCUUUACACUUGCGUGGAUUGCCCGGACCAGCAGUUUAAAAGCUGCAGUGCCCUAGCUAAUCACAUCAAAAUGGUGCAUAGAUUGAAUCAACCGGCAAUUAAACCGAAGACGAGCAUGCCUGUGGAUCCUCCGGAUAUGGCGGAUUUUUGUGAAGUCGUUGUGACUAAGGCGGAACCCCUGGACAGUGUCCAGAGUCACAACGACUUCGGGGAAGGCUCCGCCUAUGCGACUGUUGAUGGUUUUACAUGUCCCACCUGCAGCAAAGUUAUGCCGACACUCAUCUCUCUAAAGAGACAUAUGAAUUGGCACACAAACGUCGGAAAUAAUAUUCAAAAGAAGUUGGAGUGUUUUGUAUGCCAAGAGACAUUUAGAUUCCAGUGCCAUUACAAAAUUCAUAUGAAAGAACAUUAUAACGACCCAAACCUUGAUCCUAAACACUUGACAUGCCCCAUCUGUAAUAGGAAAAGCAAGCAUCUCCGUGCUGCGCAAGCGCAUAUGAAUUACCACAAACAGACUCGUUUUAAGACCAAAGACUAUGAGUGUUCCAUUUGUAAGAAAGUCUUUCAAACUAGAAGAGUCUACCUGACGCAUAUGGCUAUCCACUUCAAACGAGGGGAAUCGGCAAACAAUACAGUAAUCGGAUCUGUAAUACCCACCACUGCUGAUAAGACUGCCUUCGAUGGAACCCAUACUUGCAAAAUAUGCAAUAAAGUAUGCGAAUCUGAAACCUCGCUUAAAUGCCACAUGAGCUGGCAUAAUUCUAAAACGUUACUGUAUGGUGCACGUCACGAGUGUGAUAUAUGUCACUUACAAUUCACCAACAAAGUUCGGCUUAAAGUCCAUGAGCGGUCUCAUUUCGAAGACGAAAAUGGUCCUUAUAAGUGUCAUAUUUGCGGAAAAGGUUUUAUUGCGGAAGAGUAUUUCCGAAGACAUGUUAAAGGACAUAAUUUCGACCAUCAGUCACACAAAAAGAGAAUCGAAAAGCUCAGAAAGGGUAAAGUGAAGUGCCCAAUCUGCACUAGGUUCUAUCCGGAUGUCGUCAAACUGAUACGUCACUUGCGCCGUACUCAUCCCCAGAGCAAAAUGAUUAAAGAAGAUCCGGACGCCCCGCCUCAAAUGUACUACCCGUGCAAAUUAUGCGCCAAAGUGUUCCUUGACGAGCGAAGAUUGCAACACCACGAAGAGGCGCAUUUGCGUAAGCCUGAAUUUUUUAAGUGUAAAUUUUGCGGAAAGAAGACCAUUUCUCUGAAAAGCCAUAGAAUCCAUAUUAAAGGACAUUUGACUCAGAAAUACAUCGAUGAGCCAUUGAAGUGUCAGCAUUGUGAUAAAACGUUCUCUCGCGGUUACGAUCUUCAUUAUCACUUACGUGACUCACAUAACAUCGAGGAAACCUGGAUCGCUGACAGAAAUAGCCAAGACCUUAAUGGGCCUCUUAAAGAUCUACAAUGCUCCAUCUGUUUUAAAGUUCUUGCCAGUAAAGGAAACUAUGAAAGACACAUUGACUACCAUAAUUCCCUUCGAUGCAACUACUGCUUCGAUCACUUUAGCACUCUGAGGUUUUUAGAGGGACACUUAGCGUUCAGCUGCGAGAAGAAAAAGCUUAUCGGCGAUACAGAGAUUCACCCAAGAAAGGUUAAAUGUGAAAUUUGUUAUAAGGCAUUUCAUAUACAAGUAAAGUUGGAUUGUCAUUUGCGCACUCAACAUGGAGUAAAAUCUUUCAAGGAGGCAACUGAAAGUAAGAAGGACCUCGUGUGUGACUAUUGCUUUAGAGUUUUCGAGAAUGAGUAUGCAUUGACCAACCAUAAACUUUAUCAUAGAACUAUUGGGUAUUUUGGAUGCUUAUACUGUAAUAGGAAGUUUAACACUUUGACGGUUUAUAGAAAACAUAAAAAUCACCACUUCGCACAGCUUAACGUACAGAACCCUACAAAGUGCGAGCAUUGCGAUAAAACAUUUGUAGCUUUCAGAGAGUUCAUAUACCACAUGCGGGACGAGCACGGCGAUGAUAAGGAGUGGGUCGUAUACCCAAAGGAGUCAAUCGAAGAAAAGUGCAACAUUUGCAACAAAAUGUUUUUUAACUUGCAUCGGCAUCUUUCUUAUCACGAGGAAAAUAGAUGUAAAAAAUGUGGGGAGUACUUUUACUCGCGAACCGAAUUUGAUAAUCACAUUUGUCAUAUCGAUAGUGAAGAUGAGGUCGACGGCAACGUUGAAAAUGAUAUUCGACCAAAAUAUGAGGAAUGUAAAUUUUGUUUUAAACCGAUAACCGUGAAAACUAAAAAGAAACAUGAUCAAUUACAUAAAGGAUCCGGUUCAAUAUCGUGUAGGUUCUGUGUUCUCAAGUUCAAAACCAUUGACGCUUUCAACAUUCACGCGUUUUCUCAUCGAAGUCGAAAGUAUAAGAAACAUCCUAUACGAUGUCGUAUUUGUAAGGAGCAAUUUGUUCAAUAUGGUCCCUUCAUGCGCCACAUGAAGUCUGUACACAAAUCUAGUAAGAAGAUGCAUUAUAGAACUACGGUGAAGCCUGAAAAAUGUGAAGUAUGUGGCGAUAAUUUCCCGAAUCUACACAACCACUAUCGAGCUCAUUUGUUAAAUCAGUGUCAUCUAUGUAGCAAAUACUUCACUUCUAGUAAAUUGUUUUCACAACACACGUGCGAUAAAGAAGAUAGUGAUCCUACGAAAGUGUUUAUAAGCGAUGCUAAUCUUCCGUUACUUAUUAAUACCUACAUUCCAUUGGAUGAAAAAGAUGACGAAAAGUACUAUGGAUAUGGUGAAGAUGAAGAUGAAGUGGAUGAUGCAAACGAAUUUCCUCAAAAUGAAGACAGUCAAAACUCAAUAGAUACGGCCGAAAGCUCACUGCACGAGAUGGUACAUGCGCCAAUCAUUUCUGAUGUACUCUCCUUGUAUGAGAGAAAAGAGGUUAUUAAUGUCGAAGAGGUGGAAAAUAAAGAUGAUAAUUGUAUCGUUGAACUUACGGAUGAAGACUCAGUUGGUUAUCAAGAGAAUCCUUCUUCAGUUAUUACUAUUGAUGACGAUUGACUUUCUAAGUGUGUAUCAUACAUGUAACUUAGAUUGUUUCUUUAAAAUUAUUCAGACUUGAAAAUAUAUUCUUAGAAUACUCUACAAAUGUAUAAAGUCAGUAGUAGUAUGAAGGAAAAAUUGUAUUUGUGCCAUAAAACACUGAUUUCUGUUUUGGAAUUGUUAAUAAAACUCUUGAUCAGCUGAUCAGAAAUUGUGACAUUUUAUCUACUUAUUAAUUAGGUACAAGAGAAUCUAUGUAAUAAUUUGGUAAAAAAGUACCAAUAGGGUUAAUUGUAGGGUCAAAUUUUUAUAAUAUUGUAUUUGUUACAGCAUUUAAAAACUUUGUUAGUUCUUGUAAUGCUCUUAAAUAUAAAGCCAGGAUAUAUCGAAUGUAAACUAGCGGUGUUAUUUAAAAUGGUAUACUUGUGUAUCAAUUUUGAUUGCACCUAAGACAGAAAGGUUUGGGUGUCGUUUCAACCUUUCUCGUUUUUACUUAGUUUAUAUAUAAAUAAUCAAAAAAACUGACACUAUUAAAGCUAGCUAGCAAGUCCCGUCACGUAAGAAGUGGACUGCUGUGGUGUGGAGGGGAAUUCGUCUAUGGUUCUGCGACCCAAAAUAUGUCUUAGCCUAGGCUAAUGUUUUAUAAUAUAAGAGUAUUGUAUAAUCAUAAUUUGUUUCAGUCAAAGAAGUACCUACUACUUACCUAUUUUACUAGCUUAGUAUUUAGGAAAAAAUGGAAAUUAAGUAAUUACUUCCAUCUACAUAUAAAGUUGGUUAUAACAUCAUGAGCUAAAUUUGACACACCAUCUAUUAAAUCGUAUUGAGUAAUAUAUAAUCCAAAUUCUAUCUUCAUAAAACAAUGAAUGAUAUUCUUUCUUCUUUAAAACCAUCACCGUGUAUUGGAAAUUUUUACCCAUCGAUGAUGUCUUCAGAGUAAACGAAGCGCUGUGCUCGGCGCUAGAAGCAUGGCUCAAUUGACAAAUGUGCACGUGUGCCUUUAUUCCAACAAUUAUCAAUCAGUGUUUACAUUAUUUUUUAUUAACAUACAGUAGUAUUAAUAUGACUAUUCGAGAACUAAAUUGAAUAUUUCAAUAUUAUAAUUGAUCUGCGUGUUAUUUAAUUAUAUAAAUUAAUUAAUAAGAUAAGAAUAAAUUGCACCUAGCCAAAGAUAUAAAAAUAGCUUGUAAUUAAACAAACGCAUAUGGAUACAAUUCGGAUAAACUAAAAAAAUAAUAGGCUUUUCAUUUUUAGGAAUAGAUGUAUUUAGUGUAAGAAACUUGGGUACGUGAUGAUUUAUUUCUGCUUUAAGAUAUUGUGAAAAUUAAGAGGGAAGAAAGAAAAUGAUGGGAAAUUGUCAAGUCAGCUUUUUAUUUGCAGUAGUUUUACGAAAGCAUUUGAGUGUAAAGUUUCUAAAAUAAAAACAUUCUGAACAAUAGGUUCAAUUGGACUGCAAUAGAGUAUAUUUAAAAUUUUGAGAAUCAACGCAGGAAUUCGCGGUCAUCGUCGAUUGUAGUAGUACUCAGGAAAAAUGUUAAAAUUUUUUAAUACCUACUUUGUCACUUUAUUAUUGUUAUUUUCUCUAUAUGAUGAAUGUUCUCUCAAAUUCUUUGGUCACUAAAGAAUAGAUUUAGGAAUUAAAUAUAAGUUAAUUAUUGGUAGAAGAACGCUUAUAUAGUGACCAAAGGAUAUUGGUGCAUUUAAUUGAUAUGUAUUUUAGAAAUUGUCAAAUAAAGGCAAAAUAUA